CCCCCGCCUCCCUCCGCGCACUCGGGAAGUGCACAAACUGAAAGUAAAAAACAGAAAACCCGCCCCAAACCCCUUCGCACACCGCCGGAGGGGGACGGUGGGCGGUGAGGCGAAGCGGGAGCGACUUUCUCGGGCAGUCACCAUGAAGAGGAGUAAGGAUGGAGUGGGAAAACUCUGCAGCAAAGGCUGAAGACUUUAGACAAGCUGGCUUUCCUGAUGUCUAGCUCUAACUGCUCUGGCAGUCCUGGCAGUGCAGCAUGAUUAGGAUGAGGAGGAAGAAACUGUGGGCAUCUUGCUUCUGCUUUGCAGCUGCCUUUUUCCUUGUGAUGACACUCCAGGUUAUCACUGAACUGGGCAGUUCAGAGAAUAAGGCGUCAGUAAUCUCCAGUUUACGCAGUGGUCCAUUAAAGCCUGUGGAGAGACACGCUUUUCAGUUUAAGAAGCAGGAGCUUCACAGCAGCUUCAAGACAGAUUCUGAUGUAAAUCACUAUCCGGUUGUGCUCUGGUGGUCUCCCCUGACUGGAGAGACAGGGAGAUUGGGUCAGUGUGGAGAGGAUGUUUGCUUCUUUACCAUCAACAAGACCUACCAGCACAAUCAGAUGACGAGAGCGUUUCUGUUCUAUGGUACUGACUUCAGUAUAGACAGCCUACCCCUCCCUCGUAAAGACUACCAUGAUUGGGCCCUUUUCCAUGAAGAGUCGCCAAAAAACAACUACAAACUCUUCCAUGAACCAGCCAUCACCUUAUUCAACCACACUGCAACCUUUAGCCGCCAUUCUCACCUACCGCUGACCACUCAGUACCUUGAGGGCAUAGAGGUCCUGAAGUCAUUGAGGUACAUGAUCCCACUGCAGAUGAAGAACAGCCUGAGGAAGAGGCUUGCGCCACUUGUAUAUGUGCAGUCUGACUGCAACCCUCCUUCUGACCGGGACAGGUAUGUGCGUGAGCUGAUGUGCCACAUUGAAGUAGACUCUUACGGGGAAUGUCUGCAUAACAGAGACCUUCCUCAGCAUCUCAGAAAUCCAGCUGCCAUGGAUGAUGGGAACUUCUAUAAAAUACUGGCACAGUACAAGUUCAUUCUUGCUUUUGAAAAUGCUAUCUGUGAAGAUUACAUCACUGAAAAACUCUGGAGGCCACUGAAGUUGGGAGUGGUACCAGUGUACUUUGGGUCUCCCAGCGUUGUAGACUGGCUUCCUAGUAACAAGAGUGCAAUCCUGGUGUCCAGUUUUUCACACCCUCGGGAGCUGGCCCACUAUAUCAAAACACUAGAUACAAAUGAUCAAGAAUAUGAGUCCUACCUACAAUGGAAACUGAAAGGGGACAUUUCCAACCCAAGGUUGCUUACAGUGAUGAAGGAACGUAAGUGGGGAGUGCAAGAUAUCACCCAGGACAAUUACAUUGACACCUUUGAGUGCAUGGUGUGUAACAGAGUGUGGGAAAACAUCAGAAGGACAGAAAAGGGACGGCUGCCCCUGAGGUGGCAGGCUCAGGUUAACCAUCUGAGCUGCCCCAAACCAGAAGCGUUCUGGUUCUCAUCUUCAAACCCUGGCUGGACUUCACUCCAAGAGAUGUGGAUAGCAAGCUUUGAGCAAUCCAAGAAAGAAGCCUGGGCGCUGAGGCACCUGGUGGAAAGAAACAGGAAUUUUACAGCUCAAGAAUUUUGGAUGCUUGUAUUCAAAGAAUAAACACAAUGACCUGUAAAACAAAGCGAGCUCCUCA